AUGUGUCAAAACUGUGCCGUUUUAUCUCAAGUUAACCACAGUUGUGGUCAUCAGCUGUUGCUCGUCAAGAACUUUUCGAAGUACUGCCUCUUCUACCCUCAUAAGGAUACCGAGUUCCAUAUGGCCGCCAUCGCGUACUCAAAUUAUCCUACCGACUAUCCUUGCAAGACCUGUGCUUUACGUGAGGUAGCUGCCAAAAAGGGCAUUCACAAACAGGAGAGAAAAGACUUCAUUCGCGAAAGAUACGCGAAUACCAAAGAGGCAUUUUCAAAAGAGGAUGCGAAAUGGUACCUUGAUACAGCAAAGAAAAGCCAGGAGGGCGUUGAUGCCAACCAGAUUGAGGAACUUAACGAGCGUGCGAAGAACCAAAUCAAGUAUUACCUCGGGCGAGGGGGAAAUAAGGAACUAGGAAGACGCGACAAGGCCAUUCUUCUAAAGACCAUCUUACAAGUUCCUGAGGUUAUCGAUCGCCAUGCUCUUGUGGUAACUUUUGGAUCCUAUGUAGGCUGGAACCAGAAGAAAAACCAGCCAAAAUUCAUGCAUUAUUCAGAGAUGGGAACAUAUAGGGAUGUUGCUCGCAAGGGAGGCAUGCUUAAAGCUCUAGAAGAAGGGUUUGGGCAAAGACCUUGCGACGCGUAA